AGUGGGAAUACCACCCUUGAGAGAAAUUUCCUCCUUGUAAGUAAUCUUAAAGACAGGGUAGACAAAUAUUCUAUGCCUACCCUCCAAUGUGUCCAGUCUUACAGCCAUAUGAUCCUGCAGAAUGUGCCUUUGCAAAUCUCUGUUGCUCAACAAGCAGGGCUCAUUUUCAUUAGGGGUGAUAAUGGUGCAUACCAA